AUGUCAAAUAUCAACGACCACACCCUGGGUCAAACGACCUCGAUCAUCUCUGAAACCGAGAAACACGCUGAGACGAACCUCGAUUCAGCUGACAUCAAAGAUGUUCAAGGUGAUUCAAACUUCUACGAGACCGUUACCGCUGCUCCUCUAAGCCCAUGGUCCAAGACGAGUUUCCAACUCUACGCGAUCCUCUUGGUAGCUGCUUUGAAUGCUACCGCGAGUGGUUUCGAUGGGUCCAUCUUCAGUUCUAUCAAUGCCAUGGACCAAUACAAAGCAUACUUCCAUCACGUUGAGACUGGUAAAUCGACCGGAAUCAUCUUCAUGAUCUACACUAUCGGUAAUAUGGUAGGAUCCUUGUUCACCGGUCCAAUCUGUGAUCAUUUAGGACGCCGUGCAGGGAUGGGUGUCGGUUCCAUCAUUAUUGGAGCAGCUGCAAUUGUCUUGACUGCCGCCAAAAAUGAUUCAUACCUCCUCGGUGGACGUUUCAUGUUAGGUUUUGGUAUUUCCAUUGGUACUUCAUCGGCACCUACUUAUGCUUUGGAAUUGGCUCCUCCUCAAUGGAGAGCCAGGAUUGUCGGAUUCUACAAUACCUUCUUCUACACCGGUUCCAUCCUCUCCACGGGGGUAGCAUACGCCUCCAACAAGGCCUCUGGAGAGCUCGCCUUUAGAUUACCUCUAGGAUUACAGCUCUUCCCCCCUUUCUGUAUCCUGAUCGGUUGUUUCUUCAUCCCCGAAUCACCUAGAUGGUUAACCGCUCGAGGAAAGAAAGAGAGAGCCCAGGCUAUAUUGGCAAAGUACCAUGGUGGUGGCGAUGUCAACCAUCCCCUCGUGCAGUUAGAGAUUAAGGAGUUCGAGGAGGGUAUCCAGGUCAAGGAAGCUCAGAGUGUUUGGAACUAUUACGAUCUCGUCAACACUCGAAACCAACGAUGGAGAAUGUUGAUGAACGCUUUCAUGUCCUUCUUUGCUCAAUUGUCCGGUAACAGUGUUCUGACAUACUAUCUCCCUAAUAUGUACACCAAACUCGGAAUUACCUCAACCGAUCGACGACUCCUACUCACAUUCGCCAACUCGAUCGUCUCCUGUACCGGGGCCGUCGCCGGAUCAGCCACCAACGACAUGAUCGGUCGACGAACCAAACUUUGGGUCGGUUCCAUCGUUCUCUCUUGCCUUUUCGCAGCGGUUACUGGAUUCUCAAGUCAAUUCGAUCUUGGUAAAGAGCAUGUCAGUUCGGCAUUCAGUAAUGGAGGUGUAGCUUUCAUUUUCCUUUUCGGUUGCGCAUACAGUUUCAUCUACACACCGUUGACCGCCACCUAUUGUGCGGAGGUAUUGGCUAAUCAUACCAGAGCCAAGGGUAUGGGUGUGCAUGUCAUCAUGUCCAACUGCGCCAAUUUGUACAACACCUUCGUCACCGCCAUCGCCUUGGACUCAAUCGGUUACAAGUACUACUUGGUAUUCGUAGCUUUGAACUUGUUCUACGCUGUUAUGUGGUUCACUUUCGGUGUCGAGACCAGAGGAAGAACCUUGGAAGAGCUUGACGCGGUGUUCGAUGCUAAAUGGCCACCCAAGGCCGCUCUUUCAAAGGCUACCAUGGUCAAGAGAGAAGAUGGUCAACUGGAGGGAUUGUAA